AUGGCAGAUGAGCAGGACAUCUCUCUCCAGCCCCAGCUACAGACCUGGCUCCUCAACCAAGGCAAUGGCCUUCACAGCCUAGAAUUCCUGGCCCUGGAAUUCCCCAACACGGUUUUUCUCAAAUACUAUCAUGUCGAGCAGUUAAAUUUGCUGCUGCGAGAAGUCAUAGGCAGAGUGGUUGUGCUGCAGGCGUAUGCCAAGGGGUGGCUUGGAGCCAGGAGAUACAAAAGAAUCAGAGAGAAGAGAGAGAAGGGGGCCAUUGCCAUCCAGUCAGCCUGGAGAGGAUAUGAUGCUCGGAAGAAAUUUAAGAAAAUAAGCAACAGAAGGAGUGAGUCUGUGGUUCCUAUUCAAGCAGGGCACCCUUCAGACCAAAGCAGUGAUCUGCAGCCCACUGUCACAAGGGAAAGCAAGGGAGGUGUCCAGGAUCAAGACCAUGGUGAACCUAGUGACCACACAGAUCAUAAAAGAAGUCCACAAACAGAAUUCAACAGUGGCCAUGCAGAGACUUCAAGCAACUCUCCUGUUGUCACUGAGAAAAAUCGGCAUCCACAAACCCAGUGUUCUCCAAAAGGGUGUGAUGUCUCCGCAGGACAUUCAAAUAAGCACUCCAUUUCUGGGACUGAUCUGCUAUCUUCACGGACAUGCCAUGCUGCCCCAGGUUGCCCAGGACCAAGUCCCUCAAAAGGAGCCCCUACAAAGCUUGAAAACGGUCUUAUACAGAAGCAGCGAACACCUCGCCGAAGAUGUCAGCAGCCCAAAAUGUUGAGUAGCCCUGAGGACACCAUGUACUAUAACCAGUUAAAUGGAACUCUAGAAUAUCAAGGGAGCAAGAGGAAGCCAAGAAAACUUGGCCAAAUCAAAGUGCUUGAUGGAGAAGACGAAUAUUACAAAUCUUUGUCACCUGUGGACUCUGUUCCUGAGGAAGAUAACCCAUCCUGCCCUUUCCUUUCUUCCUCACCCUCAAAAGGAGCAUCUUUUGCUCAGCUCUGAGGUGUACUUUCUGCCCCCCACCCAGUCUGUUCAGGAUAGUAUCUCUGCAAGAAUACCUGACAUGAAGAAAACCAACAAGGUGAAAAAUGCUGUCAAGACAAAAUAACUGACCCUGGACGAAACAGAAAUCAUCCCGGGAAUACCACAGUUUUUAAAAGCUUCAUUGCAAAACCAUUGGUGUUCAUGCUGUGAGCUGCUGAUUUUUCUUCCAUUUUGGUACAUCUGCAGACAUGCCUCCACCCACUUUAACUUACUUUAUUUUUAAAUGUCAUGCAAAUACAGAAAAAGGCACAAAUCAGAAGACUCAACUCAAUAAGUUAUCAGAAAAUCGGUAUCUACAUAACUGCCCCUACAGUCAAGUUAUCUGUGUAACCACUCCUACAGGCUGAAGGUUAUUAGAAAGUAUAUAUAUAAACUAUCUGUGGGUCCAUUAGAACAUUGUCAGCAUACUAGAAGUCUCCCUUUAUCCAUUCCCAAUCACCCACCUCUCCAAAGGCAAGCAUUCCCAUGACUCAGGUAUAAAUACUUCCUUGGUUUUCUUUAUAAUUUUGCCAUUUACACACAUCCCUAAACACUAUAGUUAAAUUUGGCUUCUUAUCUUAGGUUCUAGGAGCUUUCUAUAAAUGGAAUCACGUAGUAUAUAAUCUUUUGGGUUUUGUUUCUUUUAUUUGGUG